AUGGAGGAACUAUCGUGGCUGCGGUACUUUGCGGGAGUCUUCUUUCUCAUAUGGUACAUUGUGAUCCUAAUAGCAGCCUACAGCGGCUUUAUCGAGAUCUUGCUCAAAUUCAGGUCUCGGAAGAACUUGACCGCGGCUGGUGGCGUGCCUGGACCCUCCAAGGAUGCACAAGAGCUAGCAACUCUAGAAGGAGUCACCAUUAUCCGGCCCAUAAAGGGAAUAGACCCUGAACUCAGCUCGUGCUUGGAGUCGUCCUUUGUUCAGGAUUACCCGCUGGAGAAGAUUCAAAUCUUGUUUUGCGUCGAUAACCCGCGCGACAGAAGCAUCCCGAUUAUCAGGAAACUCAUCAAACGAUAUCCGACCAUCGAUGCCGAAAUCUUGAUCAGCGAGGGCUACAAUGAAGAACUGAAAAUCAGCACGGAGCACUAUGGGCCGAACCCCAAAGUCAACAACUUGGCAAAGGGGUUCAUCAAGGCCAAGUUCGACAUUUUGUGGGUCAUGGACAGCAAUGUGUGGGCCAGCUCCAACAUUUUGAAGAACUCGGUGGUUACAUUGAAUCUGAACUUGAACAAUGGCAGAAAAUUGGGAGACCAGCGACCCGUGAAAUUGGUGCACCACGUUCCCUUGGCGGUGUGCACCGACUCCAUCCUGGAUUCAAGCUGGGAAACCAUUGCAUUAGAUCACUUGGAGAACCGCAUUACUCCAACUGCCUCGGACGAAGACCUGGAUAACUCGAUGCAUUCACUCACCAACCGGAAAACAACUCCAAGCAGGUCAUCGACUCCCACUUGGGAAUCAUUACAGCAUCCGCAUAAACAGCAUAAACAGCAUAAACAGCAUAAUUUGAGCAAGAGUGGAAAGAAACUAGGGGCUACGCUCGACGAAAUGUUUCUCCACACAUCGCAUUCGAAAUUCUACAUUUCCCUCAACAAUUUGGCCGUGGCCCCCUGCGUCAAUGGCAAAUCCAACAUUUACAGAAAAUCAGACUUGGACCAAUCGGUCAAACUCAUGCCUUUUAAGGACUCGCACUUUUUCAGAGACCCAAAAGUCAAGCGCGACGCCCUCGAUUACACCAGCCAAUCCAUCCCCGGUAACGCCAUCAAGUUCUUUUCUCGAUACAUUGGCGAAGACAACAUGAUUGGCAUCGCCUUGUGGGAGAAUUGCAAUGGACGCACGGGACUCACGGGCGACGUUGUUGUCCAGCCGUUGAGUCCCGAAAACAACACGGUGCAAGACUACGUCAAGCGCAGAGUACGGUGGUUGCGUGUGCGCAAGUAUAUGGUCUUGAUGGCCACGUUGAUUGAGCCAACGACGGAAUCGAUAGUUUGCGGCAUUUACGGAACAUUUGCCGUGUCCACCGUGUUUUUCAGCCAGUGGUUUUCCAUCAAGUGGUUCUUGAUGCACAUGACCAUCUGGUUGCUCACCGACUACAUCCAAUACAAUGUCCUCAUCAUGCUUGCCAAGGACAAAUCCAACAUCACAUAUCUUCCGCAAUGGAUGAACUCCGUGUGUGUGAUUGACCUGGUGCAUAAGUUCUGGCAAUGGUUCAAAGUAUGGUGCAUUAGAGAAUUGUUGGCGUUGCCCAUUUGGAUCAUUGCCAUGUGGGGCCAUGAGAUUGAUUGGAGAGGCGCGCCAUUCAAGAUCAAAAACGACUUGACUGCCGAGGAGUUGUGA